UUGCAAGUUUCAAUAAUUCAACUCCCGAUUCAUCUUUUUGAUAACAUGAAAUGAGGAUGACGGAGAGGUUGCAGCAAUGGGGUGGAAGAGCGAUGUCGAGAUUCUCCUUUAGAAAUGCCACCAUCGUCGUCUGUUUCUUGAAUUUGAUCACUGCCUUGUUUUUGAUUCACUGCUUUCUAUCUCCUCCCACCUCCAAUGGACCCGAUUCAGUUCUGCUUAAGUAUGUGAAGGAAUCUGAAGAACUACGUCGUGCCAUGGAACCUGUAGAACUUAUAAAAAGAGUUAGAGAAAUUGAGAGAGAAGGUCAUGAAGAAGUAGAAACUGUUCAAGAAAAAGAUGCGAAACAAUCUGCUGCACUUGAUUUGAUAUCUAGGCUGAACAAUCAUCGCUCCUAUUCAGAUGCCGAUAACCAAAAAGCUCUAGAGGAAUGGCGUAAACGAAAGAUGGAAAGAGCAAGACAACGAGGCCUUGGUAAAAAUGGAACCACCAAUUCUCAAGAAUGAACUCUUUGUUCCAAACGAGUUUUUAAGCUCUCAUGGAAACAAAUAACUUUUUUUUAGUAAAGUUUUUGCAUAGCGAAUUUGUGUAAUGGUGUCUUUUUGUAACAAGUGUGAGUUUUUUGUAUGAUUGAAUAUACGUUUAUAAGGAGGUA